AUGGGGGUGAAAGGUUGCCUUCUCGGCUGUUUGACCAUAGCCCUGCUCCUCCAGCUCUCAGCUGCCGGCCUGGUCAAGAAGAUCAUCCGCCACCGUAGGGAGACCCUGGCACCCAAGGCCCAGGAGAACCUGACCCUGCCCCACCCGGACCAGCCAGUGGUCUUCAACCACGUGUACAACAUCAACGUGCCCUCCAGCUCCCUCUGCUCGGUGGACCUGGACUCCCCUGGAGGCACAGAGCUCAAGCACAAGACCGCCCCCCAGUCAGACAUGCAGAACACAGAGCACAUGGAGCACACGGUGGAUGGGGAAAACCAGAUCGUUUUCACGCACCGUAUCAACAUCCCCAAGCAGGCGUGCAGCUGCAACAACCAGCUGCCAGACAUCAAGGACAUCCUGAACCGACUGGAGAUGCUGGAGUUGGAGCUGUCCAGUCUGAGAGAGCAGUGCAACAGUGGGACAGGAUGCUGUGGAGCUCCAGUCACAGGUGAAGUGUCCAUCAAACCCUACUGUAAUGGCCGUGGAAACUGGAGUACAGAAACCUGCAGCUGUGUGUGUGAACCAGGCUGGAAGGGCCUGAACUGCACCGAGCCCGAGUGCCCCAACGACUGCCAGGACCAGGGCCGCUGUUUGGACGGCAAGUGCAUUUGUUUUGAGGGCUUCGAUGGGGACGACUGCAGCACUGAGCUGUGCCUGCUGAACUGCGGGGACUAUGGGCACUGCAUCGACGGGAACUGUCUCUGCGAGGAGGGCUUCAUUGGCGAGGACUGCUCCCAGACCAACUGCCUCAACAACUGCCUGGGCCGGGGCCGCUGCGUGGAUGACGAGUGCAGGUGCGAUGAGCCCUGGACAGGUUACGACUGCUCCGAGCUCAUCUGCCCCAAUGACUGCUAUGACCGUGGGCGCUGUGACAACGGCACCUGCUACUGCGAAGAGGGCUUCACUGGCGAGGACUGCGGAGAGCUCACUUGCCCCAACAACUGCAACAACCGUGGCCUGUGCGUGAAAGGCCAGUGCGUGUGUCAUACCGGCUACAGCGGUGAGGACUGCUCCAGACUCACCUGCCCCAACGACUGCAGUGAGAGGGGCCAUUGCUUCAAUGGGAGAUGCGUCUGUGACCCGGGCUUUGAGGGAGAGGACUGCUCCGUCCUGUCCUGCCCAGACAACUGCAACAACAGGGGCCAGUGUAUCAACGGGGAGUGUGUGUGCGACGUUGGCUACCAGGGCGAUGACUGCAGUGAGCUCUCCUGCCCCAACAACUGCCUUGGCCAUGGGCGCUGCGUAAAUGGGCAGUGUGUGUGCCACAAGGGGUACGCUGGGGAGGACUGCAGCGUCAAGACCUGUCCCAAAGACUGCAUGGGACGCGGGGAUUGUGUGGACGGCAAGUGUGUGUGCUUCGCGGGCUUCACAGGCAAUGACUGCGCUGAGCUGACCUGCCCCAACGACUGUCUGAACAAUGGCCGCUGUGUGAAUGGACAGUGUGUGUGCAACAAGGGCUUCACUAGUGAGGACUGCAGUGAGAAGACCUGCCCCAACAACUGUCUCGAGAGAGGCUACUGUGUCGACGGGAACUGUGUGUGUUUUGAAGGUUUCGCGGGUUCAGACUGCUCCAUGCUGACCUGCCCAAGCGACUGCCAGAACCAGGGGGUCUGCGAGAAUGGAGUCUGCGUGUGUGAUGAAGGCUUAAUUGGGGAGGACUGCUCAGAAGUGUCGCCCCCGAAAGAGCUGACAGUGGUGGAGGUCACCCCAGAGACUGUGGACCUGACCUGGGUGAAUGAGAUGACAGUGACGGAGUACUACAUCACCUACGUGCCCACCGCCCUGGGGGGUCUUGAGCUGGACAUGCGCGUACCCGGAGAUCAGAGGACGGCCACCAUUCGGGAACUGGAACCCGGUGUGGAGUACCUGAUCAGUGUAUACGCCAUUCUCAAUAACAAGAGGAGCGUCCCCGUCAGCGCCAGAGUGGCCACACAUCUCCCUGAGCCUGAGGGGCUCAAGUUCAAGACCGUGAGGGAGACGUCGGUGGAGGUUGAAUGGGACCCACUGGACAUCCCUUUUGAUGGCUGGAACCUCAUCUUCAGAAACACUAAAGAGGAGAAUGGUGAGAUUCUCAACUCUUUGGGCCGACCAGAGACCACCUUUGAGCAGUCAGGCCUGGGCCCUGGUCAGGAAUACGAGGUCAAACUGGAGGUGGUAAAGAACAAGACUCGUGGACCACCAGCCUCCAAGAACGUUGUCACCAUGAUCGAUGCCCCCAGUCAGGUGGACGUGCGGGAUGUGACCGACACCACAGCUCUGGUGACCUGGUUCCAGCCCGUAGCCCUGGUGGAUGGGCUCAGCUUGUCUUUUGGGCCCAGCUCAGAUCCAGCCGACCGCAAUGUGCUGGAGCUGUCCUCCACUGACACCCAGCACCACAUGGGUGGCCUCAUCCCUGACACCGAGUACGAGGUGUCUCUGAUGGCCAGGAAGGGAGAGAUGACCAGUGUACCCAUAUAUGAAACCUUCCUCACAGACCUGGAUGCCCCGAAGGACCUGCAGACAGUGGAGCUGACGGAUGAGAGCAUCACUCUGGAGUGGAAGAACAGCCAGGCCCAGGUGGACAACUAUCGCAUCAAAUAUGGCACCUUGUCUGGAGGAGAGCAUGGAGAGCUGCUCUUCCCCCCGGGACCCAGGGACACUACUCAGGCCAAGAUCACCGGACUGAGACCUGGAACAGAGUAUGGAAUGGGCGUGACUGCUGUGAAGGACGAGCGUGAGAGUCUACCAGCCACUACCAAUGCAGUGACUGCACUAGAUGCCCCAAAGGAUCUGUCCACCACUGAGGUGACAGAGACCACAAUGCUGCUGGAGUGGAAGCGGCCCCUGGCUAAGCUGGACACCUACAGGUUGGUGUACGUGUCCGCCGACGGGCACAGGGCCGAAGUGGUGGUCCCCGGCAGUGCCGAGUCUCACAACCUGAUCAACCUGACGCCAGGCAUGCUCUACACCAUCAGCAUCACAGCCGAGAGAGGCCACCGGACCAGCACCCCAGCCACCAUUUCAACAGCCACAGAGGAGGAAAAGCCGGUGGUGACCAAUGUCACCAUCAGCGACGUGUUGUGGGACAGCUUCCAUCUGUCCUGGCUGGCUGAGGAGGGGGCAUUUCAGGGCUUUUUGGUUGAGGUUACAGACGCAGAGACGGGCGCAGAGUGGCAAAACCACACUGUGCCAGCCGAUGUCCGCAGCCUAGCCGUCACUGGCCUUUCUCCCAGCACCUGGUACAGAGCCAAUCUGUAUGGCGUGUACAGGGGGACCCUCUUAGAGCCUGUCUAUGCAGACACCAUCACAGAGGCUGAACCAGAAGUGGAGGCUCUGAUGGUGUCUGAUGUCACCACCGAGAGCUUUAGGUUGGCCUGGACAGCCGAAGAGGACGUCUUCGACACCUUUGUUAUAAUGGUUAGCCACACUGAUGGCCUAGGACAUCCGCAAGAGCUGGUGCUGGGCGGCGAGGACAGAAGCACAGUUAUCACGGGUCUCGCUGAGGACACGGAGUACAAAAUUGAAAUCUUUGGGCUCGUAUUGGGACAGCGUUCCAAGUCUGUUACAGAUGUGGCGAGAACAGAGCUGGGCACCCCCAAGGGCAUCCGGUUUUCUGAUGUCACCGAUACAUCUGCCACCGUUCACUGGAUGGUCCCCAGAGCCCGGGUUGACAGCUACCGUAUCAUUUAUGUUCCCGCUCAAGGGGGGAGUCCAAAUACUGUGACAGUGGACGGCACCGAGUCUCACACUGUGCUGGCCAACUUGACCCCUGGUGUUACCUACCAGGUCACCAUCAUCGCUGUCAAAGGUCAAAGGGAAAGCGAGCCUGGUUCAGACAGUGUCACCAUGGCUCUGGAUAAGCCACGCGGCCUGACUGCAGUCAACAUCACAGACACUGAAGCUCUGCUGCUCUGGCAGCCUGCAAUUGCUACUGUAGAUGGCUAUGUCAUCACCUACAGCGCAGACACUGUGGCCCCAGUGAUGGAGCGGGUGUCAGGAAACAUAGUGGAGUUUGACAUGAGCUCUUUGACCCCAGCCACCCACUACACUGUCAAAGUCUAUGCUGUACUAGAUUCUGCCAAGAGCGCCGCCACCACAACGGAUUUCACCACUGGUGUUGACGCCCCUCAGGAUUUGGCAGCCAGUAACAUCCAGACGGAGAGCUCCCUCCUGACAUGGAGACCUCCCCGAGCCGACAUCACCGGCUACAUCCUCAGCUUUGAGUCUGCCGAUGGGACUGUCAGGGAGGUCAUCCUGAGCCCAACUGCCAUCUCCUACAACAUGGCCCAGCUCAGCGCCUCCACCGAGUACUCGGUCAGGCUGCAGGCCAUCGCUGGACCUAAGAGGAGCAGGGUCAUCACCACUGUCUUCACUACCACUGGUGUGCUGUACAGACACCCCAAGGACUGUUCCCAGACCUUGCUGAACGGAGACACCACCUCAGGUCUUUACACCAUCUACCUGGGUGGAGAUGAGAGCCAGGCCACUCAGGUCUACUGCGACAUGACUGCAGAUGGAGGUGGAUGGAUCGUGUUUGUCAGACGGCAGAGCGGUAAACUGGAGUUCUUCCGCAACUGGAAGAACUACACCGCUGGCUUUGGUGACAUGAACGACGAAUUCUGGCUGGGUCUGAGUAAUCUCCAUAAGAUCACAGCCGGAGGUCAGUAUGAGCUGAGAGUCGACCUGAGAGAUAAAGGAGAGACAGCCUACGCUCACUACGACAAGUUCUCUGUCUCUGAACCUCGAACCCGCUACAAGGUCCAUGUAGGAGGAUAUAGUGGCACUGCAGGUGAUUCAAUGACCUACCACCAUGGUCGUCCAUUCUCCACUUAUGACCAUGAUAAUGACAUUGCCGUCACCAACUGUGCCCUGUCCUACAAGGGUGCCUUCUGGUAUAAGAACUGCCACCGGGUCAACCUCAUGGGACGUUAUGGAGAUAACAGUCACAGCAAGGGUGUUAACUGGUUCCACUGGAAGGGCCAUGAGCACUCGAUUGAGUUUGCUGAGAUGAAGAUUCGGCCAUCCAACUUCAGAAACUUGGAAGGAAGGAGGAAACGAUCGUAA